UGGUUCCCUUUUAAGCGCAGAAAAAAUAUUUCAACGUCCAAAAUCUUUACUCUGUUAUCUAAGCUACUUACAAUCCAUUUACAAAAAUGAAGGGAGCUUCGAAGGCUACCAAUCCAGUUAAAAUGCAAGCUGUUUUUAUUUAUAAUAAAUAAUAAACAGCAAAAAUCAGUUUACCUCCAUACAUUUUGAAACAUCCAUCUAUGAAAAUACUAUUUACCUAAAAAGUAAUACAACAAAAAGUAGGAACAUUUAGAAGACCCACCUGUUGAAUAUUUUGUAACAGCUGACUGUUGGUUAUUCGCAGUGAAGUGAUUUCAUUUCGGAAAACUGUUUUAAAUGUUUAUGGGAUUAACAAAAUGCCUUUAAGUCAUGCGCUAUAUUUUAAUUCACUGGAAGACUCCGAUGAAGAUGAGGACUUCAUUAAGUCGAGGCAUUCCUCGAAAGCCCAGGCUAUACCAAACCAAACCCAACUUCCUAGAGGAUAUAAAAGAUGAUGAGUUUAUAGCUUUAUUUCGAGUUUCAAAAGCCACUUGUUCAAGGCUUUUACAAAAAAAUAGGAAAAAAGAUGAAGCAUCCAACAUUUGGGUUACUUCAAGACGAACCCCUUUUGACGCAGUGAAUCUGCCUAGGCACCACGUCCCAAGUCCCGACGACAAGUUGCUCCUGGCCAUGAGGUUCUACGCCUGCGGAAACUUGGCUGCCGUGGACUUCCGCAUAUCCUCUACAUGUCGGGCGGUGGAGGAAGUUUCGCUUCACAUUGCGGCCCUGUCCAGAGAAUACAUCAAGAUCGGAGGGCACGAUGAAGUCGUAGAGCAAUUCCAAAGGAUCUCCAAGUUUCCAAAUGUGAUGGGGGUUGUCGGCUGCACACACAUUCGGCUCAAGCCACCGAGGCAGAGCCAAGACGAUGCCUAUGGCAACCGCGAGGAAUUCGUGUCAAUGAACAUCCAGGCUGUCUCGAAUGCGCAUUUUAUAAUCCAAGAUAUCGUUGCACGGUGGCCUGGUUCAACCCAAAAGAUCACUAUCUUUGACAACAGUCGAUUAACAUCCCGGUGGGAAGGCGGCGAAUUUGAAGACAACUCGGCAUACAAUGCCAUCUCCAAAUGUUUUGAGGUCUGGAGGUAGAGGUGUCCCGUCCUAUUCCUUGGAAUGCGCAUCCCUAUUGAUACGGCGAAUUGUAAUCGUUGCAUGUGCGGUCCUUCACAACAUAG